GGUAUUGGUGCGCGUGCGCGUGUGGAUUCAAUCGGAUCACGAAUCGUCUGCAUCUUGCUGGUCGAGUAAAUAAAAACAUUGCAGAAUUGCAGCAAAGGCCCGCAAAGAUAUACCCAUCUGCGAGUUAAGUUUUCAUCCGUGUGUUCAAAAGGAGACUAUCACUAUACCUAUUCGGUUUAUACAUUUUGGUGGUGUGUACUAUUAUGAGAAAAGAUGAUGCUCCAAACUUUCCAAGUGAACUAUGAACCCUGCCAUGAGAAUGAAGUGGUCUGUAUCACCGGCAGUGUUCCAUCCUUGGGUUCUUGGUCUCCUCUUGCUUUACAACCCAUGACCAAAGAUCUCUCAGGAUCAAGAUGGACAUGCGACAUAGAUGUAGAAGCAGCAAAAGGGUCAGUCAUUCAGUACCGUUAUGCUGUCUGCAACUUCAUGUGCUCGUCAACUCCUCAAAUUCUCCAAUGGGAAACAAAUCUCUCUCCGCGACAGAUCAGUGUGUCUGAGAAGACCUGCUCCACAGGAUUGGAAACCUUUGGAAAGUAUGGAGAAUGCAGUGUGCAGAGAGGCCCAUUAGUAGCUACCAGAGAAAUCCAUUUGAUGUUUGAGAAAGCAAACCUCACCAGUCUGACAUCCAGUUUGAAUUCAAGCCACUGUCGUCUUGGUAUAAAGGCCAUAGAUAUCACAAACUCUACUUGUCCCGUUCCUGUCCUUGUUCAUAAUCUGAGUGAGAAUGAUAUCUCCCCUAGACCACAGUGUGAGCAUGGAGAGAUGUUAGAAACAAGCUCAGAUGUUCUUCUUUUCUCCACCCAAGGUUUACCCACAAACCACGAAGUGAAAUUCAUCAUUCAGCUGAUACAAGAAGGUGGAAGGUUGCCUACCAAGAAGGAAAGUCCCAAACGGUUAAAGGGAGAUAUCAGCAUUUUGGCAGAAGGUGUGAUCAUGAGCAACACUCUUAUCAACAGUGUUGGCAAAGCCCCUCUAUAUUUCUUUGAUGAUGCUAGUCUCUCACUUGGUCAUGUGGUGGUUUCCUAUGCAGUGAUUGAACCGAUGAAGAAUCUCGAAGCACACAGUCUGGAAGUGUCCUAUGCUACACACUGGAAGAGAAGGAACCAGGCACUCAAUGUGGGGCACAGAGGAAUGGGAAGAUCACUCAAAGACCACUCUCUAAUCACCGAUCCUAAUGCGGAUGAACUGGUGUCCAUUCCUGAAAACACCAUCUAUUCUUUCAAGGAAGCUGCUACCCAUGGGGCUGACUUUGUUGAGUUUGAUGUCCAUGUCACCAAAGAUGGUUUUCCAGUCUUGUUCCAUGAUUUCCAGUUCUCAUUGUGCAUGCAAGAGCCUGGGAGUUCAACGAAUACGCACAUUGCAAAGCUUGCCAUCAAGGAUAUGACUCUUGAACAACUAGCUGUCAUCAGAAAACUAGCUCCUGUUGGGAAAGGGACGACAGACUUUUUGUGUGAAACUACGACAGCAGUUGAAGAAGAUGCUCUAGCCUUUGGUGAACUGCAGACGGCCUUGCAGACUGUUCCAGUACAUUGUGGUUUCGACAUAGAAAUCAAAUACCCAAUGGUCUGUGAGAAGUCUGGCCCUGAGUACGAUGGAACCCCUAUGGACAUGAAUCAAUCAUUGGAUGCAAUCCUUAGAGUGGUCCUCAAGUAUGGUGGGCAGAGAAGGAUAUUCUUUUCAGCCUUCAACCCAGACGUCUGUGCCAUGAUUCGUCUGAAGCAGUGCAAGUAUCCGGUCAUGAUGUGUAACUUUGGAAGAACCUCCCUGUACGAGUCCUACAAUGACCCCAGAAGUGUGUGUGUUGAGAACAGUAUCCUCACAUCUCGUGCUUAUCAGAUCUUGGGACUGUGUGGUCAUAGUGAGGACUAUAUCAAGGAUCCAAGCUUGGUGAAGUCAUGCCACAGCAAUGGUCUGACCUUGAUGUGCUGGGGGGAAGGAACGGUAGAUCCUAGCAUCAGGCAGAAGCUUUCAGAUGUGGGUGUGGAUGGCGUCAUUCAUGACAGAAUGGCCAGCUUUGCUCUUGGAACUAAGAACACCUUUGAAUCUCUGGAAGAACUCAAGAGUGGACGAACAUAGCCUCUAACCUGGUCAACAAGCAACUCGUCACAUCCCUUGUGUUUAGACUAUGCAAGACUUAUUCAGGGAGAUGUUUCACAAAGAAUCUAAGUGAAACUUUACUCUAAGUUGAACUUAAAUAUUAUGGAGAGCUAUUUGUAG